AAAACACACCCAACCCACUUUAUUGACCCUUAUUACAGCAGAUGUUUUGACUGGACAGAAAAAAAUAUGGACAAUGUCACAUCUGUUAAGGCUCCUGUCAUCUGAUGACAAAGGAUCAUAUGGCAGGGGUUAAACUGCUUGAAAUGUGGAAUAGAGGAAAUACAGAGAAAGAGUCCUGCAUGGACAAGGAAAGGGAAUCUCAGCCGUGCAAGAAACUGUCCCAUUCGAUAGAAGAGAUACUGAGGGAGCCCACAUGUGUCAGAAAAGAGAGAGGGGUUCAUCGUGAAUGGUCUGUUAUCAAGGAGAACACCAGAAUAUCUGACCAGCUCUCAUCUGCAGAAUCUCCCAAACUCAGACUAGAGUCUCCAAAGGCCACCACAAACUGCUUAAGUCAGAGGAAAAAGAGGCAAACGAGGGUCACGUUCACACCGUUCCAAGUGCAGGAGCUGGAGAAAGUCUUCCAGCAGAGCCACUACCCAGACAUCACCACCAGAGACCAGUUAGCCUCUAGCCUGCACCUCACUGAGGGCAGAAUACAGAUUUGGUUCCAGAACCGCAGAGCUAAAUGGAGGAAGACUGAGACACUGAAGGAAAUAGAAGUGGUGACUAAACAGCACGUACAGUCUGCCAGUCAUCCUCUGCUUUAUUAUGAGCUCUUACAGAAGCCCCAGCUGCAGGCAGCGUGCUGGCUGCCGUGCUGUUUACCUGAACCCCUCCGAUCCAGGCGCUUUGUCAGAGCUGCAUCAACACCCACCUUGCUGAGCGACACGCAUUUGGAUCACACCGCACUGUAUUUUGAUUCUCUGCGGAUGGACAGAUACAGUAGCACCUUCAGUGUUCUUACAAAUGAGGGUAGAAAUGGGGGAUCACACUGAGUUACUGUAAUCUGUAAUGAAAGUUUAAAUUAUUUUUUGUAACAUGUUCGAUAUGCAAUUUUUUAUGUUAUUUUAAAGGUUUAAGGUGUAAGAACUGCUAUGUAGUUCUGGGGAAGACAUUUUAAUAAGAAAAAAUCU